UUGAAUCAGAGCGGGGCUCCAGAUUCAGUUCAAGCAGCAUCCCUGAGCUUGAAAGGUCGACAAAUGUAACAAAAACUUUGCGCAAAAUGGUGUGUUUGACCACUGACGCCACCGGAAUUUAUUAAAUGGCCACAAACCCAAUAUUUUAACAAUUAUGGUAAUUAUGGUUUAGUUAUUAUUUGUUCAAUAUGAUGUUGGGGAGAAAACAGAGCUUGAAAGGGGAGCCUGUUUUGGCUGACUAUGGUCCAGAUGAGGCGUUCAAUGAGAGCGCUGAUAUCGAAUGGGUCAACAAGAGAUGGGUACGGAGACUUAUGCGCACUUGUGCUUUACUAAGCCUGGCUUCUGUAAGCUGCAACACUCCCAAAACCUUCGAGAGAAUACCGCCAAUGCAAGGCAUAACUUUCGAAGUCGAUAUCGUCGUCACUAUUUUAUUCACCUCGGAAAUGGUGGCGAAAAUGCACAUAAGAGGCAUUUUGAAAGGCGAAAAACCCUACUUGAAGGACCACUGGUGUCAGUUUGAUGCCAGUAUGGUUUUUUUUCUAUGGAUUUCAGUAAUUUUGCAAGUUUUUGAAAUCAUGGGGACGGUGCCACGUUUCAGUUACUUAUCUAUUUUAAGAGCGCCUCGGCCUUUGAUUAUGAUACGAUUUCUGCGCGUUUUCUUGAAGUUUUCGAUGCCAAAAUCGAGAAUCAACCAAAUUUUCAAGCGCUCGAGUCAACAGAUUUACAACGUGACCUUAUUUUUCCUAUUUUUUAUGUCCUUGUAUGGUCUUCUCGGAGUCCAGUUUUUCGGAGAACUCAAAAAUCACUGCGUUCUCAACCAUACCGACUUAAAACACAUUACUAUCAAUAGCCUUGCCAUUCCUGACACUUUCUGUUCUUUGGACCCCACCUCGGGCUACCAAUGCCCAGAAGGCAUGAAAUGUAUGAAACUAGAAGGUUUAUCCCGUUACAUAAUCGGGUUCAAUGGUUUUGACGAAUUUGUUACAAGUUUUUUCACUGUGUACCAAGCAGCCUCGCAAGAAGGCUGGGUCUUUAUCAUGUACAGAGCCAUAGAUUCUCUGCCCGGAUGGCGAGCUGUGUUUUACUUCAGCACAAUGAUUUUUUUCCUGGCUUGGUUAGUCAAGAACGUUUUCAUUGCUGUGAUCACGGAAACGUUCAACGAAAUCAGAGUCCAGUUUCAGCAAAUGUGGGGCGUUAGGGGGCACAUUCAAAACAGUACAGCGUCACAAAUUUUGAUUGGUGAUGACAGAGGGUGGAAGCUUGUAACACUUGACGAAAACAAGCAUGGGGGCCUUGCCCCCCAAUUUUGCCACACGAUUUUACAAUCCCCCCAUUUCCGGCUAAUCGUAAUGGGGGUGAUUCUCGCAAAUGGGAUAGUCACGGCUACAAUGCGCUUCAAACAUGACGAAAGACCAAGGGAAGUUUUCUACGAAAAAUACUACUACAUGGAGGUCGGUUUUACAAUUCUCCUGGACUUGGAGACAAUUUUCAAGAUUUGGUGCCUCGGUUGGAGGAGUUACUGGAAACAUUCGAUCCACAAAUUUGAACUUCUCCUAGUCGUGGGGACGACUAUUCACGUCAUUCCUGUGUUCUACAUGAGUGUGUUCACCUACUUCCAAGUUUUGAGAGUUGUGCGGUUGAUCAAAGCGUCGCCUCUUUUGGAAGACUUUGUCUACAAGAUUUUUGGGCCUGGGAAAAAACUAGGAAGCUUGAUUAUAUUCACCAUGUGUUUGUUGAUCAUUUCGUCCAGUAUUUCAAUGCAACUGUUCUGUUUUUUGGAUUUUACGAAAUUUGAAACCUUUGCCGAAGCGUUCAUGUCCAUGUUCCAGAUUCUGACCCAGGAAGCUUGGGUCGAAGUCAUGGACGAGACAAUGUUGCGGACACGGUCAAUGCUUGCACCUCUAGUCGCAGUUUACUUUAUUUUGUACCACCUGUUCGUCACUCUGAUCGUGUUAAGUUUGUUCGUAGCAGUCAUUCUGGACAAUUUGGAGUUGGACGAAGACAUUAAGAAACUAAAACAGCUCAAAUAUCGGGAACAGAGCGCUGAAAUUAAAGAAACGUUGCCUUUUCGUUUACGGAUUUUUGAGAAAUUCCCCGAUAGUCCCUUAAUGGUGACGCUACAUAAAGUACCAUCUGAUUUCAAUUUGCCCAAAGUGAGGGAAAGUUUCAUGCGACAGUUUGUGUACGAGACGGAAGAAGACGAAAAUUCGGAAGGUGGCAUCAAGAAACUAAGCGAAGAGACUUACGAUUCUAAAAUUAUUUAUCGGAAGCAAAAGCCACUCAAAGUUUUGAACAAUUUGCCAAAAGUCCGGGUCGAGAAUAUUAAACUGAAAAAAACUUCAGUCUCGUUCAUUAUCAAUGAUUCAAAUAAUCAAAGAUUAAUGUUGGGUGACUCGUCCAUGAUUCCAGUUCCGGGCACUAAAGGCCCUCUCAAGCCUCAAGGCACUGUUAACAGUAUGAAACAGUUACGUAUUGAUCUGAAGAAAUUUGGUUCACGAUCAAUUCGGCGAAGUGUUCGCAGCGGUUCCAUCAAACUAAAACAAACCUACGAACAUUUAAUGGAAAACGGUGAUAUUGGAGUGAAUCGAGUGACUUCAAACCGGGCACGACCGCACGAUCUUGACAUUAAAUUACUGCAAGCCAAGCGACAACAAGCGGAAAUGCGGAGAAACCAACGAGAGGAAGAUUUGAGGGAAAACCACCCGUUUUUCGACACACCCUUAUUUGCAGUCCCGCGGGAAAGCAGGUUCAGGAAAUUCUGCCAGUUGAUUGUGUAUGCCAGGUAUGACGCCCGCUUGAAGGACCCCUUGACUGGCAAAGAGCGCAAAGUGAAAUACAAAAGUCUCCACAAUUUUUUGGGUUUGGUGACUUAUCUGGACUGGGUCAUGAUAACAAUGACGACACUGUCGUGUCUCUCCAUGAUGUUCGAAACACCGUACUAUCGCGUCAUGGAAAAUGUCAGUCUCCAAAUCGCCGAAUAUUGUUUCGUUAUUUUCAUGAGCAUAGAACUAGCGCUAAAAAUCCUAGCCGACGGGCUUUUCUUCACACCCAAAGCCUACGUGAAAGACGUGGCUGCGUUAUUGGACGUUUUCAUCUACCUUGUGAGUCUAGUUUUUCUCUGCUGGAUGCCAAAAAGGGUCCCACCUAACUCAGGGGCCCAACUUUUGAUGAUCCUCCGUUGUUUGCGUCCGUUACGAAUUUUCACUCUAGUACCACACAUGAGGAAAGUGGUUUAUGAGCUUUGCCGCGGCUUCAAGGAGAUUCUCUUAGUAUCAACACUUUUGGUACUUUUGAUGUUUAUUUUUGCAAGUUACGGGGUCCAGCUUUACGGUGGUAAAUUAGCACGGUGUAAUGACCCCAGCAUUACGCAAAGGAAGGACUGUGUUGGGGUUUUUUUCCGGAGAGUUUUCGUAACGAAAAUGAAGCUAAUACCGGGCGAAAACGAAACGUACCCCUCGAUUCUUGUACCCCGAGUUUGGGCAAACCCACGACGUUUCAAUUUUGAUAAUAUUGGGGACGCGAUGUUGACUCUAUUCGAAGUUUUGUCGUUUAAAGGAUGGCUGGACGUUAGAGACGUGCUAAUUAAAGCCCUAGGACCCGCCCACGCUAUUUACAUUCAUGUUUACAUAUUUCUGGGCUGCAUGAUUGGUUUGACACUUUUUGUGGGCGUAGUUAUUGCAAAUUAUUCCGAAAAUAAAGGCACAGCUUUGCUAACUGUAGAUCAGAGGAGGUGGUGCGAUUUGAAAAAGCGACUAAAAAUCGCCCAACCGUUGCACCUGCCACCAAGACCAGACGGGAAAAAAUUCAGAGCUUUCAUCUAUGAUAUCACCCAAAAUAUUAAGUUUAAACGCUACAUAGCCAUGAUGGUUUUGAUCAAUAGUGCCCUACUGGCGGUCACGUGGAAUAAGGAAGACGACCACACAGACAUCCUUGCAACUGUCGGAAUGAUAUGUACGUUGUUGUUCUUGGUCGAAGUUGUCAUGAAAAAUAUAGCUUUCACCCCGAGAGGCUAUUUACAGUCGAGGAGAAACAGAUACGACCUUUUCGUCACAGUUAUGGGAGUAAUUUGGAUUUUCUUCCACAUAAUGUUUAAAAACGAUUUGACGUAUUUUGUUGGUUUCAUGGUCGUAAUUUUACGAUUUUUCACCAUAACUGGGAAACACGCCACUCUUAAAAUGUUGAUGCUUACGGUCGGUGUUUCAGUUUGCAAAAGUUUCUUCAUUAUUUUUGGAAUGUUUCUGCUUGUGUUUUUCUACGCUUUGGCAGGGACUAUUAUUUUUGGAACGGUGAAAUACGGGGAGGGAAUUGGGAGGAGAGCUAAUUUCGAAUCACCUGUAACAGGGGUUGCAAUGUUAUUUAGAAUCGUUACUGGGGAAGACUGGAAUAAGAUAAUGCAUGAUUGUAUGAUUCAACCCCCGUAUUGUACCCCAGCUGAUAAUUACUGGCAGACGGAUUGUGGCAAUUUUACUGGGUCUUUGAUUUAUUUCUGUACUUUUUACGUGAUUAUUACCUACAUUGUGCUCAAUUUGUUAGUGGCUAUUAUCAUGGAGAACUUUUCUUUAUUUUAUUCAAACGAAGAAGACGCUUUACUGUCGUACGCUGAUAUUCGGAACUUCCAAAACACUUGGAAUAUUGUUGAUAUUCAUCAAAGAGGUGUUAUACCAGUACGACGGGUCAAAUUUAUUCUACGGCUGCUAAAAGGCAGAUUGGAAGUAGAUCCACAAAAAGACAGGCUUUUAUUUAAGCACAUGUGUUACGAACUGGAGCGCUUACACAAUGGGGAAGAUGUUACGUUUCACGACGUUAUCAAUAUGUUGUCGUACAGGUCAGUUGACAUCCGAAAAGCCCUCCAACUCGAAGAAUUACUAGCUCGCGAAGAAUUCGAAUACAUUAUAGAAGAAGAAGUUGCAAAACAAACCAUAAGGACAUGGCUUGAAGGCUGCCUCAAAAAAAUCAGAUCCACUAAUAAGCAACAAAACAGUCUAAUAGCUGGAUUACGCGCAACCAACGAAGUUAUAACCAUGCCUGAAACAACAGAAGAGACCAAAAACGGGGCUCAAGACCAAGAAGCUGAAACUGAAGUUAAGGAAACUGAACCUAGGAAGCAAAAACUUGUCACGCUUCCGCGUUCCGACAGUAUUGGGAGCAGUUCAGGCCGGAAAUAUUUAGCACCGACUUUGUCCGAUCCUGCGGCACGGACUGAAAAAGAACGAGUUGCCACCAAAAAGAAGAAUAAUCGACCAACUGUCGUAAGCAAGAAUCUCCCCCAUGUUAAUGAAACCAACGAAGCUAAUCGAAUGCCCAGGGAGGUGUUUAAUAAUAAAACGACUGUGCCCAAAGCUUCAAACGCCAUGCAUGAGAUUAGGGACUGGUGGAAUGAGCAAUUGGCUUAUGCGUCGCAGUCCAGUGAUGAGGAAUAAUUAUUGUUUACGAAUAUAUUAAAUGUUUUAGGAAGUGUUAUUUUAUUAAUAAAGAUAUAUGCAAGUAGGGGAAAUAAAAUGA